AUGGCGUUUGAGUGUAUCCUCAUGGCGUGUAUCUGUACCCUGAUGGCGUCUGAGUGUAUCCUCAUUGGGUAUAUCUGUACCCUGAUGGCUUCUCAGUGUAUCCUUAUGGCGUGUAUCUGUACCCUGAUGGCGUCUGAGUGUACCCUCAUGGGGUGUAUCUGUACCCUGAUGGCGUCUGAGUGUAUCCUAUUGGUGUGUAUAUGUACCCUGAUGGCGUCUGAGUGUAUCCUCAUGGGGUGUAUCUGUACCCUGAUGGCGUCUCAGUGUACCUUCAUGGUGUGUAUCUGUACCCUGAUGGCGUCUCAGUGUACCCUCAUCGUGAGUAUCCGUACCGUGGUGGCGUCUCAGUGUACCCUCAUGGCGUGUAUCUGUACCCUGAUGGCUUCUCAGUGUACCCUCAUGGUGUGUAUCUGUACCCUGGUGGCGUCUCAGUGUACCCUCAUGGCGUGUAUCUGUACCGUGGUGGUGUCUCAGUGUACCCUCAUGGCGUGUAUCUGUACCCUGGUGGCGUCUCAGUAUAUCCUGAUGGUGUGUAUUUGUACCUUGGCUGGAUGUAGAUGUUGA